ACAGAUCCAGCGCAGGCGUCUUCGGUGCGCAAUGAUCCGCACGCCGUCCGCCGAUCUUUCCAGACGACGAGGCGCGUUGCGCACACAACUUUUUCGCGCACCGGCAGCCGCCUGGCUGCCAGGGGACUCUGCAAACUCAGUGGAUGAGAGGCUGAAUGGAUCAGUAGCCGAAGGUGGAGCCGGUGGGGGUCCAUCAGACUCACCUGGCGCUGUUCUCUGCGUCAGUCCCCGCUCUUCUGAUUGGUGGCCGUCAUUUGUUUGGCCCCGGGCUGAUUGAAGGGAGGGCUGGAACCAACUGGGUUGGGUUAGAGUGGCACUUUGAAGAGAAGCUCUCACUGAUUCCUGUCUGUAUCUUCAGUCUGGGAGGAGCGGAGGAAGGGGUAGCUGCGCUUUGCUCCACUUGACUUUUCCAUUUAAGUUUGUUUUUUUUGUUGCUUUCCUCCACUCGGAGUGUGAUGGGAGCCAUGGCUCCCGAGGCGCGCAGGCUGGUGAGAGCGGCGCUGCUGCUGCUGCCAGCCCUGCUGCUGUGUGAAGCUCUGCCAGCCGCCUGGCUGCCAGGGGACUAUGCAAACUCAGUCGAUGAUGCCCAGAGUUUCCUCCGUGACUACAACAGCACUGCAGAGGAGGUGUUCUUCUACAGCGUGUCCGCCAGCUGGAACUACAACACCAACCUGACGGAGCACAACUCCAAGCUGCAGAUAGCUGCAAGUCUUGAAGAACAAGCUUUUGUAGAGGCCUGGGGGGAGAAGGCCAAGCAGGUCUUCUCUGAGGAAACCCUGAACAAUGUUUCUACAGCCGACAAGAAACUGAUUGAAAAGAUCAAGUCGCUGGGAGCUGCCAACCUUCAACAGUCUGAACGAGAGGAGUAUAACACCAUCCUGAGCACCAUGGACAGCAUUUACUCAACAGCUAAGGUGUACCCACAGCCAAACAUAAGCUGGAGCCUGGAACCUGAACUCACAGAAAUUCUGGCCAACUCUAGGAGUUAUAAGAAGUUACUGUUUGCUUGGGAAGGCUGGCACAAUGCAUCAGGUGUGCCUCUGAAGGAGCAUUAUCCCAGGUUUGUGGAGCUCAGCAACAAAGCCUCAAAGCUCGAUGGCUUUAAUGACACUGGGUCUGAUUGGCGCUCUUGGUAUGAGACGGAAACCUUUCAGGAGGAUUUAGAGAAUCUCUUCAAGACAAUUGAACCUCUCUACCUGAACCUGCAUGCCUUCGUGCGACGCAAGCUAUACAACUUCUAUGGACCCAAAUAUAUCAACCUAAAGGGACCCAUCCCUGCACACCUGUUGGGAAAUAUGUGGGCCCAGACGUGGAAUAACAUUUAUGAUAUGAUGAUCCCAUUUCCUGACAAACCCAACCUGGAUGUGACCAAUGAGAUGGUCAAACAAGGCUACAAUGCCACACACAUGUUCCGUGUAGCCGAGGAGUUCUUCACCUCUCUGGGUCUGAAGGAGAUGCCUCCAGAGUUCUGGGAAGGGUCGAUGCUUGUGAAGCCUGAAGAUCGGGAGGUUGUGUGCCAUGCGUCUGCCUGGGACUUUUAUAACCGCAGAGACUUCAGGAUUAAACAGUGCACCACAGUAACCAUGGAACAGCUCUUCACUGUGCACCAUGAGAUGGGCCACAUCCAGUAUUACCUGCAGUACAAGGAUCAGCCUGUGGGCUUCCGCCGUGGAGCCAACCCUGGUUUUCAUGAAGCUAUCGGUGACGUUAUGUCCCUGUCAGUUUCAACACCCAAGCACCUUCACGAGAUCAACCUUCUGGAGUCUGUGAGCUCCGACGCAGAAACUGAUCUGAACUUCCUGCUGAAGACCGCUCUGGAGAAGAUAGCCUUCCUUCCCUUUGGCUACCUCAUUGACCUCUGGCGGUGGGGCGUGUUUAGUGGAAGCAUUCCUCCGGAGAAGUACAAUUCGGAAUGGUGGCACCUCAGAAAAAAGUAUCAAGGAAUUUGCCCACCUACCAGCCGAACAGAGGACCACUUUGAUCCCGGAGCAAAGUAUCACAUUCCCGGAAACACGCCAUACAUCAGGUACUUCGUCAGUUUCAUCCUCCAGUUCCAGUUUCAUGAAAAACUCUGUGAGGCAGCCAAGCACACCGGGCCUCUGCACACCUGCGACAUCUACCGUUCUGCAGAGGCUGGCCAGAUUCUACAAAAAGUUCUUGAAGCAGGUUCCUCUAAACCCUGGCAGGAAGUCCUCCAAGAGGCCAUAGGUACAAAUAAGAUGAACGCCACUUCUCUGAUGAAAUACUUCGACCCCGUAAUCAAGUGGCUGGAACAACAAAAUGUGAAUGAGACCCUGGGAUGGCCUGACUUCAACUGGGUCCCGCCCAUCCCUGAAGGCUACCCUGAAGAUAUCGACAAGAAUACAGACGAGCUUCAUGCAAAACAAUUUCUGGAUGAAUACAACAGCACAGUUGAAACAGUGUGGAAUGCCUACACCGAGGCCAACUGGAUGUACAACACGAACAUCACUGAAGCUAAUAACCAGGAAGUGCUUAAGAGAGACCUGGAAAUGGCGGCUCACACCCUGGAGUACGGCCUGAAGGCUCGCCAGUACGACACCUCUGACUUCCAGGACCCGUCGGUCAAACGCAUCAUCAAAAAACUCAGUGACCUUGAGAAGGCAGCGCUGCCUACUGCAGAACUAGAAGAGUUGAAUAAUAUUAUGUCUAACAUGGAGACAAAAUAUAGCGUGGCAAAAGUUUGUAGGGCAAAUGGCACAUGUCAUCCACUGGAUCCAGAUCUCCAGAGAAUCAUGGCAGAGUCCAGGGAUUAUGAUGAACUAUUGUUUGCCUGGAAAGGAUGGAGAGACGCUGCUGGCAAAGUAAUUCGUGAUGAUUAUAAGAGAUAUGUUGAACUGGCCAAUAAGGCCGCCACACUCAAUGGUCAUUCUGAUAAUGGGGCUUUCUGGCGGUCCCUGUAUGAAACCCCUACCUUUGAAGAGGACCUGGAGGCUCUGUGGAAGGAACUGGAGCCGCUCUAUCUCAACGUACAUGCCUACGUUCGAAGGGCUCUUUACAAAAAGUACGGCUCAGAUAACAUCAACUUAAAGGGGCCCAUCCCUGCUCACCUGCUGGGCAACAUGUGGGCACAGACAUGGUCUGGAAUCAUGGAUUUAGUCAUGCCCUAUCCAGAUGCCACACAAGUCGAUGCCACACCAGCUAUGGUGGCGCAGGGCUGGAAUGCAGUCAGGAUGUUUCAGGAGUCGGACAGGUUUUUCACCUCCCUGGGUCUACUGCCAAUGCCACAAGAGUUCUGGGACAAAUCCAUGCUGGAGAAGCCGACUGAUGGACGCCAGGUGGUGUGCCAUGCCUCUGCGUGGGAUUUCUUUAACCGAAAGGAUUUCAGGAUAAAACAGUGCACCGUUGUGACUAUGGAUGACCUGAUCACUGUGCACCAUGAGAUGGGCCAUGUGCAGUACUUCCUGCAGUACAAAGACCAGCCCGUUUCGUUCCGCACCGGCGCCAACCCCGGCUUCCACGAAGCCAUCGGAGACGUUCUCGCGCUGUCUGUCUCCACGCCCAAACAUCUGCAGAGCAUCGGGCUCCUGGACAAAGUGGAGAGUAACCAGGAGAGUGACAUCAACUUUUUGAUGAGCAUGGCGCUGGACAAAAUUGCCUUCCUGCCUUUUGGCUACCUGAUGGACCAGUGGAGAUGGAAGGUCUUCGACGGACGCAUCCCAUCAUCGGAUUAUAAUAAAGAGUGGUGGAACCUCAGACUGAAGUACCAGGGCCUGUGUCCCCCUGUAACCCGCACUGAGGAUGACUUUGACCCGGGCGCAAAGUUCCACAUCCCUGCGAGCGUGCCAUACGUCCGUUACUUCGUCAGCUUCGUCAUCCAGUUUCAGUUCCACAAAGCUCUGUGUGACGCAGCUAAGCAUAAUGGGCCUCUGCACACCUGUGAUAUCUACCAAUCUAAAGAAGCUGGGAAGCUGCUGGGGGAUGUGAUGCGGCUCGGUUACAGUAAGCCGUGGCCGGAAGCCAUGGCCAUGAUCACGGGUCAGUCCAAGAUGAGCGCCGAGCCCCUCAUGCAGUACUUCCAACCUCUCAUCACAUGGCUGGAGGAGGAGAACAGGAAGAACAACGAGGUCCGCGGGUGGCCCGAGUACAACUGGAGACCUUCAGCUUCUGAAGUUGCAAAGAAUGAUGGGAAAGUUGAGUUCCUGGGACUGGAAGUGGACAAGGCCGCUGCCAAAGCUGGUCAGUGGUUACUGCUGUCAAUCAGCCUGGCUUUCCUGGUGGUCAUCAUCCAACUGGCCUACAGGUACAGGAAGUCCAAGAAGCGUAAUAAGUCCUUAUCAAUGAUGGAGCUCAAGCAAAAAGACUAGAAGUACUGUAAGUCCGGGCCGAUUAUGUUGUAGCGACCACAAAACCAACCUCAAUGUGAACAGCUGCAGAACGUCAGAGCACAUUUUUUCCUGCAUAGUUCACUAUUCUAUUUUUUUUCCCACACUGAAAGAUCACUGAACGUCAGGAAUCUCAAACUGCUUCCUCAGUUUAUAUAAAUCGGAACUAAUGUUAAAUGUUUUUAUACUAUCUAAGAAGUAUAUCUUUGUUAAAAAUAAAUCAAUCUGGUGUUUCACUGAUGGUUUUGAAUGAAAGUAUUUAUUUUUGGGAUGUUUUACAGUAAUAAGGCAUAGAAGUUGUUUAGCUUUGAUCUUAAACACUCCUUUUACUUUAAAGUUGUUCUGUAAGAGUCUAAGUAAGUUGAACAUUAACAAUUGGAUUCAUGAUAAAUAUAUUUAAAUAUUUCUAUUAUGUACUUUACUAGAAGGGGACAAGUUUUGUCUUAUGUUGUUCAAAAUGUGACAUUUUGUUCUUUAAUGUUAUGAAGGCACUCAAAAUAAUUUUAUGUAAUAAAUAAUAUAUUCCAAUAAAUAUAUAUAUACAUAUAGUGUGCACAUUUAAAAGCUGUGUGUUGACAAAGGGGAAGAAUAGUUAAUUGAAUAUGUAGAUAUAUUUCGACUUCAUUUCUCUGAAAAAAUAUUACAAAUUUUUAAGUGUAACUUUUGUAAAAUAUAGCUAUAGGUAAUUUUCUUAAGUUGUUUAUUUUAAAAGGUGGAACCUGCCUCGAAUAAAGAAUGAAGAAAUCUGA